AUGUCCACAAUGAAUUCUCUCUCUUCUCCUGACACCAGGUCUGACAAUGAAAAACAUACUAACAUCGUAACCAUUAAGAGUAUUCUGAAGCUUGAUGAUGGAGACCUUGAUGAAGGUGCCAAAUUUUUGCUUGAACAUCCACAGCAUGCUGAAUACUCACCAGAAGAGGCUGAGAAAGUGUUGAAAAAAAUUGACUUGAUGUUGAUGCCAAUCAUGACUUUGAUCAUCACUUUUGCAGCUGCUGAUAAAAUCAUUAUCUCCAAUGCUGCUGUUUACGGAAUGAGAAAGGAUCUAAACUUAGUUGGUACCCAAUACUCUUGGCUCGGAUCUAUAUUUUAUUUUGGCUACUUGAUUGCAGAAUUUCCAGCCAAUUUCUUACUUCAAAGAUUCCCUGUGGGCAAGACACUAUGUCUUUCAUUUGCAGUGUGGAAUGUUGUGCUUAUGUGUAUGGCUGCUGGUAAUAACUUCGCCGCUAUGGCAUCUAUGAGAUUCUUGUUGGGAAUGGGUGAAGCCUUUUUAUUUCCAGGUUGCUCAAAAUACAUUGCUGUGGACAGAACGGCAGAAAACAGAACAGGCGUCAAGAAUAGAAAAUUGAAGAAAGAUCAGAUUAUAGAAGCUGCAAAAGAUUGGAAGACUUGGAUCAUGGCGUUGUUUGCGUUAUGUAACAAUAUCUCUAAUGGCGGUUUGGUCACUUUCGCUGCUCAAAUUGUAUCUGGUCUUGGCUACUCACCUAUCCGAACUACAUUAUUAGGCAUGCCUACUGGUGUGUUCAUGACAACCAGCAGUUGGAUCAUUGCAUUAGUGACAUUCUUUUCUCCAAGGAAGUUCAGAACAACUGCUGCCGCGAUUGUGUGUUUAUGUCCAUUGAUCUGCUGCGUGCUCAUGAUGAAACUUCCUCGUGAAAACAAGACAAGUUUGUUGAUUGCCUAUUAUUUCUUUUACUUUUACUGGGGACCUUACGUCUGCAUGACUGCUAUCUGUUAUGCAAAUACGGCUGGCCACACAAAGAAAACUGUGGUCAACGCAGUCAAUUUUACAGCGUAUUGUGUUUCAAACAUCAUUGCUCCGCAAUUCUUCAUUACAAGUGAAGCACCGGGGUAUGCAACGGGCUACCACUCGAUUUUAGGUUUCACCACCGCCUCUUUUCUCUGUAUUGUCACUUAUGGCACUGGAUGCUAUUUUGAAAACAAGAGGAGGGACAAGAAGUUUGGAAAUGCAGACGACAACUUUGAUGCCGAGGUAGAUGCUCUUGAUUCUACUGACAAGCAAAAGGAGGCGUUCUUCCGUUAUGUUUGGUGA